ACUAAUUUUCAGUUCGAGAUCUAAACUUGAUUUUGAGUGAAUUUGAACUUGAUUUUGAGUAUCUCCAGCUGACUGUGUAUCAGUCGUUUUGAACACGCGCUCGAUUCAAUCCUUAACUUGCCAAAAACAUUGCGAUGAUUGAAGGAUAUCAAAAAAAGUCAUCAAAGCUGCCACGAAUGAGUUCAAAAAAUCGAGUGGCAAAAAAAAACAGUCUAACUAAAAGUAAAAGAAUGGCGUCCAAUAAGCUUGAAAAAGAAUACGAGUCACAUCAGGAUGCGUUUAACCGCCAGGAAUCAUUGAAACCGCUUCUCCCUAUAAAAACAAAGACUGGACAAUUGAUAAGUCGUCAGUCAGACUUUGUACAAGUGCACAAGUCCGAAGAAGUACUUCCAGAACCGAAAAUUAACCAUGAAAUUAAUGAUACGACUUCGGCGAUAUGCACAGCAAUAGGGUUUGCAGAUAUGCUGCAAAAACGGGAAGAAAUUAUUGAGCGUCAAAAAUUUUUGAUUGGUGUUACGUGUACGUCCAUCCAAGAAAAUCCGGAAACAAAGAUUGAGAAAUUAGCAAUUUUAAUGGAUCUAGUCUCUGAUAAGUUGCAAAAUGGCGAAAAAAAUGCCCUGGUUAUCAGAAAACUUGCUCUCAUAUCAAUCGCAGAGCUGUUCAAAGAUAUUAUACCAGAAUACAAACUGGGUAUCUUAGAUGCAAGUGUCCACAAGAUGAAAAAAACAACUAUCACCAGAGUAAACUUUGAAAACAAACUACUCAAGCAUUUCCAGUGCUAUUUAGUUUACUGUGAAAGCAUCUCCAAGUCAUUGCUCAAAACCACUAAAAAAAUCGUACCCUCGGAAGAAUGUCAACUAGCUGAAAUUUCCGUGAAUUGCAUGUGUAAUCUCUUGGUCGCACAUCCUUAUUUCAACUACAGCAUCAAUAUUGUUCAAAUUCUUGCUGCUCUAUUGAACAGCGAUUCAUUGAGUGUUCGAAUGUGUGUAUACAACUGUUUUGUAACUAUUUUCAAGAAGGAUAAUCGUUUUGACAUAAGUUUACAUGUAAGUAUUGCACACUGCACCAAAUUCUCCCCCUGUGCUAAUCAUAACUGCACACAAAAUAUUUGCACACCGAAAAUCAAACCCCUUGAGGAAGGCCCAACCACCUAAAGGUGGAUUAAGUAA